AACGGCAACAAGAAAUUUGAAAAUAAAAAAUUGCUACCUUCUACAUACUGUCCGAAAGCAGCAAGUUCAGUACUUCAGUUCACUGCGCCUUCCUCUCCUUUUCGAUGGCAAAGGGUUGCUCCAACAACACUUAUGAAGAGGCUAGAAAACAAAGACUUGAAGAAAACAAAAAGAGGUUUGAGGAUUUGGGAAUUUCGAGGAUUUCAAAAAACUUGACUGAAAUCGCAAGUUCUGCAAAGAAGAAGCUGCGUCAUGUUCCUAAACAGAAAACAAAGAAGACAAAUGUUGAAGUGGAACCUAGGCGAUCUUCUCGUGUGCGAAACCCAGUUCGUUCAUACCGUGAAGAUGUGAACAUAGACCUUCCACCCUUGCGGAAGAGGUCAAGGUCAAGUUCUUCAUCAUGGGGAAGUUACAUUGCGAGGCCUCUAGAUGAAAUCAAAGAAGCAACAAAAGAGGAAAGACUUUGUGCUCUGGAGGCUGCAGAGGCAAUCCAAAUCAAUUUGAACUCAUCAAAUCCAUCAUUUAUCAAGUCAAUGGUUCGGUCUCAUGUUUAUAGCUGCUUUUGGUUGGGUCUUCCUUCUAAAUUUUGUGAGGAACAUCUGCCAAAAACUUUACAUGACAUGGUUUUAGAAGAUGAAAAUGGCUCAGAAUAUGAGGCUGUUUACAUUGGCAACAGAGCUGGGCUUAGUGGUGGUUGGAGAGCAUUUGCAUUGGAUCAUAAACUCGAUGAUGGUGAUGCCCUUGUUUUUGAAUUGAUUGAAGCUUCAAGAUUUAAGAUUUAUAUUGUAAGAGCAUUUCCAGAUUCAGUUGAAGAAAAGGGAAAUAAUAUUUUAGAGGAAGAAGGAAAUGUGCGUGCAACCAAAGCACCAAAAGCUGCCUGUAAUCUUGAAUCGGAAUGUAAGACAAAAAAGCCAAAACAGGCUGCAGUUUAUGAAACUAAGGAAUCAGAGAGUUCUCAGGAAUAUCUUCUAGAUAGCAGCAUUGACAACGAAGUGAAACCACAGGGAGUAAAUCCAACUAAUAAGGAAACUAAAUUUUCUCAGAAAAAUACGCCAAAGAAAUCUAAAUAUCCUGCUACUGCUGAUUCAAAAGGGAAAGUGCAAAUUAAAACUGAGAAACCAAAGGCAUCUAUAAAGCUGUCAAACAAUACAAGGAAGUCGAAAGAAGGUAUAAAUGAAAUUGGUGGUUCAGCCAAGUUAGAAAAGAAUGAGUUUGUUCAGGAUGCUGAUAGCAAGUUAGAGAAAGUUGAACUAGUUGAAGAAGCAAGAAAAUGUGUCACAAAAAAGCUAGAAAAAACCAGCUCCAAAUUUUUCAGAAAGAAAGCAUAAUCUUGGAGCUAAUGACUGGUAAAUUAUAAAAUGUAUUAAGACUUGUAUGGAGUAUAUUAUGGUAGUAGACAAUAUUUUCUGUUGUGGAUUAAUGGAAGUAAAGUGUAAGAUAUGUAUUUGAUUUGAUAUCUAUCAGUAUGUUAGUUAUAAUACAUAAAAAACAAUGUUUUGUUAAUGUG